CUAACGUGUGGUGUUGUCUUUUGUUGCCGGAGUGCUCCUCCCUCCCUGCCCCCUUUUUCCUGUGUUACUCCGCCGUGGCGGAAGUAAGUUGUAUCGCCGAGGCCUCAUCCUUCCAAUGGCGACUGCAAACAGGCUGAAUAGAAAGCGGGAGCAACCGUGGAGGGGGGUCAGCGACGUGUAACCGAAAUUUAAUAAAUAUAUCAGAUUUUCCUUUAGCCAUAAAGUUAGUCUGAAGAUUGUUCCACCUCACCAAAUCACGGCCGUUUCCAUGGCCAAAAGUCGGAACAUUUCGCUCCUUGAGUCGGAGCUAUAUUACUUGAUUUCUCGUUUCCUAACGACGGGUCCGUGUCGGAGAGCGGCUGAGGUCCUAGCAAGUGAACUCGAGGAACAUCAGCUUUUACCAGGGAGAUUGGACUGGCUGGGGAACGAGCAUCCCAGAACAUACGAAGAUGUGGUUGCUGCCAACAGACAUGUUGCACCUGACCAUUUGCUACAGAUCUGUAAGCAAAUCGGACCACUCCUCGACAAAGAGGUGCCAUCAUGUGUCCCAGGUGUGCACUCUCUCCUGGGGUCUGGAAAGCAGUCCAUGCUUCGAACUGCAAAAGACUGUGACAGCGUGCAGCUCAAAGCUUCAUCAUAUGCAGCCCUUCAUCGGGGCAGACCACCAGAGAGGCCUUUAAACCAGAAGCAACCUCCACACCAGGUGAAGGUACAUGUAGGGAGGGAGCUAACUGGAGUGCAGCGCUUCAGCUCCAUCAGUCCUGUCAGCACCUAUGAACACAUGCGUCUGCAUAGGCGGAUCCUCGGGCAUCUGUCUGCAGUGUACUGUAUCGCAUUUGAUCGCACUGGUCUCAGGAUCUUCACGGGCUCAGAUGAUUGUUUGGUGAAGAUCUGGUCUUCAUUUGAUGGAAGGCUUCAUUCGACGUUGCGAGGACACUCUGCAGAAAUCACAGACCUGGCUGUCAACUAUGAAAACACACUAAUUGCUGCAGGAAGCUGUGACAAGACCAUCCGUGUGUGGUGCCUUCGUACCUGCGCCCCUGUGGCUGUGCUGCAGGGACACAGUGGAUCCAUUACCUCCCUCCAGUUUUCACCGUUUGCCAAGGGCUCCAGACGUUACAUGCUGUCCACGGGAACGGAUGCCACCGUCUGCUUCUGGCAGUGGGACGUCAACAACAGCAACUUCAGCGAUCGGCCAUGCAAAUUUACAGAGCGGCCGAGGCCAGGGGUCCAGACUGUGUGUUCCUCAUUCAGUCCAGGUGGGAUGUUCUUAGCAACAGGAAGUACAGACGAUGUCAUUAGAAUAUACUACCUGGGAAGCGGGAGUCCAGAGAAGAUAUCAGAGCUCCAUGAGCACACGGAUAAAGUGGACAGCAUCCAGUUUUGCCACUCCGGUGAAAGAUUUGUGAGUGGAAGUCGAGAUGGAACCGCUCGAAUCUGGAAGCUCCAUCAGCGGCAGCGGUGGAGGUGCAUCUUGCUCAGCAUGUCUGCAACUCUUCCAGGUGUUGAACCAACAAGCGAAGAGGACACCUACUUUAAACCCAAAGUUACCAUGGUUGCGUGGGAUCGCCAUGACAAUACAGUCGUCACGGCUGUUAACAACCAUCUCCUCAAAGUGUGGAACUCCUACACAGGACAGCUGCUACAUAUCCUAAAAGGCCAUGAGGCCGAGGUGUUUGUCCUCGAACCUCACCCUUUUGAUCCCAGGAUCAUCCUGUCUGCUGGCCACGAUGGGAACGUCUUCAUCUGGAAUCUGCAGCGAGGAACAAACACAAAGCAUUACUUCAACAUGAUUGAAGGUCAGGGUCAUGGAGCUGUAUUUGACUGCAAAUUCACUCCUGAUGGUCAGCGGUUUGCCUGCACAGACUCACAUGGCCAUCUGCUCAUCUUUGGCUUCGGCAGCUCCAAACCCUAUGACAAGCUUCCAGACCAGGUGUUCUUCCACACAGAUUACAGGCCGCUGAUUCGAGAUGCCAAUGGCUUUGUGUUGGAUGAGCAGACACAGCAGGCACCUCAUCUGAUGCCCCCUCCGUUCUUGGUAGAUGUAGAUGGAAACCCCCAUCCACCCAGAUACCAGCGUCUUGUCCCGGGGAGGGAGAACAUUGCUGCUGAGCACCUGGUUCCUCAGCUGGGAUAUGUAGCCACCAGUGAUGGAGAAGUGGUGGAGCAGGUGAUCAGCCAGCAGACUGCAGAACCUGAGGAGAUUUCAGUGAGACGUAGCAGCCUUCUAGACGAGGCCAUCCGACAGCUGCAGCAACAACAGGACCGACAGAACCAGCUUGGGACAGAAGCAGCACCAGGUCCCGAAGGCAGAUCAGAAGGCCCAGUGUUGGCACCAGCACCAAGUACUCCACGCAGAGUGUCUGUGAAUGACCGAGCAGACGUGCAAUCACCACCUAACGUGGGUCUGAGACGAAGUGGACAAGUAGAGGGUGUAAGGCAGAUGCACCAAAAUGCUCCUCGUAGUCAGAUGGCCACAGAAAGAGACCUGCAGGCCUGGAGACGCAGGGUGGUGGUGCCAGAACUGGCCACCAGCAACUACAGGAACCAGGAGGAUGUUCGAACUGCCAGAGGAGAUGAGGAGGUGCUCCUGUACAACACAAAGAGGAGACGAAUCAUUUUUGGUAGCUGCCGGGAUGAUUCGGACGAGGAACCCUCCACUGCAAAGCGAGUCCAUGGCUGCAGAGGCUCGGCAGAAUUUAUCGAGUUCUCAUGUGAAGAAGGCGAGGAGACUCCUAGUUCAGAAAUACACUCAGAGGACAAUGAAUUGAAUGGCAGCGAACUGGAUUCUUCCAAUGAUGAGGAGGAGUGGAACAGUGAUAGCUCCAACCAUACAUCCAGCGAGUACUCGGACUGGACAGCAGAUGCUGGCAUAAACCUGCAGCCCUCCACCCCUUUGUCGUCACGUAAACGAGUGAGGCGCAGACUCAGCAGCUCUGAGGAAGAGGAGGAGGAAGAGAAUGAGGAAGAGGAGGAGAAGCAGCAGCAACAGAGUGAGGAGGAGGAGGAAAAACCUGUGAAGAAAAGCAAAGAGAAAGCUAAGAAAGCCAAAGCUAAGUCACCGCGGCGUCCAAAGCCCAGACCAUCUAUGAACAGAGAGGUGUCGAAUGAGUUCAGGCCGUCAUCGUGGAUCACUGAUGUCAUUCCCAGGAAGUCUCCUUUUGUUCCUCAGAUGGGCGAUGAGGUGAUCUACUUUCGUCAGGGCCAUGAGGCCUACGUUGAGGCUGUGAGUCGAAGCGAGCUUUGGCCCAUCAACCUGGAGAAACAGCCAUGGAAAAAAAUGGAGCUGCGGGACCAAGAGUUUGUGAAGAUCACUGGAAUUAAAUAUGAAGUUUGCCCUCCAACGCUCUGCUGUCUGAAGCUGACUCUUAUCGACCACGGCACCAAGAAAAUCACAGACAAGUCAUUUUCUAUCAAGUACCAUGACAUGCCAGAUGUGAUCGACUUUCUGGUGCUUAGGCAAAGUUACGAUGAGGCCCUCCGUCGAAACUGGCAACCAAACGACAGGUUUCGCUCAGUGAUAGACGAUGCCUGGUGGUUUGGGACCAUCGUCUGUCAGGAGCCCUACCAGCCAGAAUACCCAGAUAGCCUCUUCCAGUGCUUCAAAGUCAGAUGGGACAAUGGAGAAACUGAAAAACUCAGUCCCUGGGAUGUGGAACCUAUUCAGGAGGAUGCCCAGUGCCCCGACACAGAUGGAGGAGGUAUCCCUGCGACAGCCGAAGAGAUGAAAGAGCUGAUGUAUAAACCUGUACCAGGGGAGUGGGGAGAGAGGAGCAGGGACGAGGAGUGUGAACGCAUCAUCGCUGCUAUCGAACAGCUCAUUACUCUCGAGAUUGCAGCUCCGUUUUCUGGUCCAGUGGACUUAGUCCAGUAUCCCACCUACUGCACCGUGAUUGCCUAUCCCACAGAUCUGGGCACAAUCAGACUGCGGCUCAUCAACAGAUUCUACAGGCGGCUCUCUGCAUUAGUUUGGGAAGCCAGGUAUAUUGCACAUAAUGCCCGCACUUUUAACGAGCCAAGAAGCAAGAUUGCCCACUCUGCAAAAAUCAUCUCAAGCGUCCUUCAGAAAUUUGUCAAUAAUCCGAGCUGCACAGAUAUCCUGGAGAUUUACAAUGCCGUGGAGGAAAUGGACGAUGAUGAUGAGGAAGAAGACGCAGAAGCACCAGGCACAUCCUCUGGACACAGACUGCGUCAGCACUCCGCAGAGGUGUUGCCAGAUCGAGAUGCCUGGAAGGAACAUUGUAGGCAUUUGGUCAACUACAUAUUUGAUUGUGAAGACUCGGAACCAUUCAGACAGCCUGUGGAUCCUGAGAACUAUCCUGAUUAUCUUGACAUUAUUGAUGCUCCAAUGGACUUUGGCACAGUCAAAAGGACCCUGGAGGAAGAUCGCUAUGAAAAUCCUAUAGAGCUGUGCAAAGACACGCGCUUAAUAUUUGCCAAUGCUAAGGCUUACACGCCCAACAAACGCUCUAAGAUUUACAGCAUGACCUUGCGACUGUCGGCCUUCUUCGAAGAGCAGAUCAGAACAAUCAUAUCAGAGUACAAAACUGCUGUCAAAAGCAGUGACAGGCUCCGCCGCAGUCAGAGGUUUCGCAAGAAAAUGCAGCAGCAGGAUCAGUCCUCAGCCACAACAAGUCAAAAGAGGUCUACUGUCAAAACUCAGGAAAAACUGGAGUCAAUGUCUGUAACGAAAUCUACCUCAGCCAAAGUGUCUGUUCCCGAGAGAGCGAGGCGAAGUCGAGGCAGAAGCUCAGGUCGCAGCUCCUCAGAGGACGACUCCGGCUCCAAAGCUGCCUCAUCGACGCCAGAGUCUGAAAGCGAGAUUGAACAGAGUGAUUCAGACGAAGAGGAGACACGUCCAGCUUCUUCAAAGCGUCAUCAAAUCAGACACAAAGCCAGAGUUACAAGAAGCAAAACUUCAAAGAAGAAGAAGAAAGCUGCUAAGAGUGACAGUGAAGAUGAUGAAGAGGGGGGAUCUGAGAGUGAAGGUGAAGAGGAAGAAGAUGGAGACGUUUCAUCUAAGUCCUCAGAUCAUCACUAUCCCAGCAGGAGCACACGGCAGACCAGAAACAGAACUGCUAGAGACAAAGCUAGAGCAGAAGGCAGAGCAGAAAUGAACGGCCACAGUGGCAGGACACUUCGCAGAGAAAGGCGCUGUCACCACGACUCUGACGGAGACUCCUCCCAUGACUCGGACAGGAAGGAGGAGGCGGCCUUUCCCAGGUUGCUGAAGAGGAAGACAGCGAGGGCUGCUGUCAGUAAGAUAAAACUCCUGGAAGCAUCUGAUGAAGACUAUGAAGAGGAAGAGAGGAUGCCAAGAAGGAGCAGCAGCCGGCUCCGCCACACAGCUCGCAUCAGCAAACGCUCUGCGGUGAUCCAGAGCAGCUCUGAGUCGGAUGGAAAGUUGUCGGCUAGCGGUUCCCAGAAUACUCAGGAAUCUGACGGUGAAUCCAUGGGUGAGGAAGAUGGCAGUGGGAGUGAUGUUUCCUCAUCCUUCCAGAUCAAACAGAAUGGAGUUAACAAAUCCAUCAAACAGACGAAAACGAAACACACUGCCAAGACGAGGGGAAAUGAUGCUUUGUCUCAUGUGAAUGGACACAGUGGAAAACAUAGAUUUGAGACUAACUCAGAGCCAGAAGAAACUGCAAAGGAGGAGGAAGAUCAGGUUUGCCUUUCUCACAGACCUUCUAGAAGCACAGCUGGAAGACGUCGGAUUGUAAGUGAGGAGGGCAAUGAACGCCAAACCGCACGCAACAAAGCUCCAGUAAGUUCCGAUGAGGAGGACUGUGCCCAGAAACGGCCACAACAAAACGGAAAAGAAAAAGAAUCAAUCCAAAGGGACUCUAAGAAAAAAAGUAAAGUCUCAGCAUCAAAAAGCCAAGACAAACAAAAAUCUGCCUCAACUAAAAAACUGGAUGGUGCCGAAUCAGACGAGCUCGGUGAUCCUCCAAAACGAUCCAGCCCACAGAAGAAGGGCGCGAGGAAAGCAGAGAGGGAAAGACGUCCCUGCAGUGACGAAUCUGACCUUGAAACGAGGAGAUCAACGAGAAACAAAAGUAAAAGGCCUCGCACCCCGUCGGCUUCAGAGAGUUCUGAGCAGGAGUACAAACCCCGGAGGAAGUCAAGGAGGAAACGCUCCACUGGAUCGUCAGACGAAGAGUCCGACCAUUCCGAUGAUGCAUCAAACAGACGGCUGAACCUUCGAGCUCUACCGAAAAAGAAAUACAUAGUCGACAACUCUCCUUCUGAGGAAGAUUUUACUGGAGAAAAUCAGCGUAGGCAAAGAAACGGAAACAAAAAAGACUUGGAGACGAGGGAAGAGAGGUACAACACUAGAGUGUCCAAGAGAACAUCUCCUAGUGAAGGAAGGAAUCAGAUCUCUUCCAAGAGGAAACGGAUUUACACCUCAGACUCUGAGGACGAGGAGGAAGAUGGCCAGAAGGAGCCACUAAACAAGAGUAAUAGUAACAACAGGUCAGGCUCCUCCAAGAGCUUUAAAAGGGAAUCCAAACAGGGGUCACAUGAUAGCAAAGCGAGUGACACUUCAUCGCACUCUGAUUCCAGGGAGGCGGAGGAGGAUGUUAGUUCAAACAGGGGGAGGAAAAACCUGAGGCCGCCAAAGCCUAAAAGGAAGGAAAGCUACAGCAGCAGCAAACACAGUUCAGACUCAGAAAGCGAGCAGAUGUUUUCAGCUUCUGAAAACUCGUUUUCCAGCUCAGGGUCCCACAGCAGUCCAAAGAGGAGUCGUCGCACUCGGACUGAAAGGACUGCGAGCCGCCAGCUCAGGCAGCGCCGCCAUCAACGUGUCUCGGAGGAGGACAGCGACGAGUCGUACAGCAAACCGCAGAGAACGAGACGAGUGAACACCCGGAACCGAGGCAAGCAGACCGUGAGUUAUCGUGACAGCGAAUGAAAGAGCGGCUGGAACUGAAGGCUUUUCAGGGAAGACGGACAUUUACCGGACAGGUUGGGGGACACUCGAUGACCAAGUUAUGGUAGUAGCACUGGAGUCCUCAAGAAUAAAAUGCUGUGAAUCUGUUUAUUCAGGGAUAUUAUUUAUAUUUUCUAUGAAAAACACGUUUAUAGAUGUAAUACAAAUUCAAGCAUUUGAACUGCUGGUUUUCACAAGGACGCAGGAAGAACGUGACCUCCUGUAGUGGUGGUUAUGAUUUGGCAGAACAACCGCUUCUGGGGAAUCUCGUCGGCUCGGGUGCUAUCUAAUUAAUAUACCUCUGUUUAAUCGAGCAUAUUGCUGGCUUGCACUAAGAAACACUGUAAUGAGGUAUUUCCUACACUAGUUUUGCAUUAGAAACUCAGGGGUCAACUAAGUUUACUGUAGUCUGGAGAGAUGCAGUGUUUUUUGUUUUGUUUUGUUUUGUUUUUAGCCAAGGUAAGGACGAUAAAUGAUUCCAGAUCGGCGGAUGUUUGUCUGAGCAGAUCAACUGGAUCCAACAAAUCCACGCCUAGGUUUUUGACUUCAGCACUCCUUUGUAAAUCCACACAUUUAAAGCUUGACUGUAUUGUGAGGUGAGCCAAAUGAACUCAAAUGUAUUCGCUUCCCCACACAUUUCUUUCUUUUUGUUUUGUAUUCUAGUGAAUAGAUGUAAAUAAGUGAUUGAGAUUUAAUGAUUAGUCGCUAGCAAAGCGUUUAUUUAAAUUUGACUGUUUUUCUUUUUUUUACAUUUAACUGCAUUUUCUUGCCAUGUGUCACAAGUUGGUACUUUUUUCUUUUUUGCCAUGUUCAAAUAACCAAAAGUACUUAAAGCAAGACGCUGCAAUUUCUCAUAUUGGGAAGAUCUUUUGUCAUUGUCCUGUGUUAUAUACUUUCAGUAUUAAAUUCUUUUUGCAGAGUUGACUUAAAUAUUUUGCCGGCCAAGUUUUUUGUUUAUGAGGAUAUUUCUAAAGGCAGUCGCUUGAUGACCCAUUUGCUCAACGUUUUUCUUACUACACCUUCAAUAAAUAGAUUUCUCGGUAAAACUUAAUAAAAUGUGGUCGUGGAGUGCAAUGAAUGAGUUAUUCCUCCCAUUAAUAAAGGCAUCGGUUCAAGGUG